AUGUGCGGCUUGGAAUGCUGCAGGUCCAUCUCACGCUCCCAAGAAGGGCGCAGAAGGCCCUGCUGGCANUUGCCGGCGGCGCCUGUGAGGAUAUGGCAGCGGGUGAAGUGGGAUGUCGGGCGAAAGGUGAGGGGGGUAAAAGAGGCGGUCGACCUCGACCGCAAAGCGGUUCUUCGGGACCGCAACGCUCGGCUUGACGCCGAGUUCACCAAGGCGACCGCGGCACGACACGCACAAAUCGCAAUGUACCGUGCGCGCCGGGCCACCAACGCCGACGCCACCUCGAGUACGCCCAGCGUAAGCAAGCGCAAGAACGAGAGGAGGCCCUGCUGGCAGCCCAGCUCGUCGAUGAUCGCCGCCAAGAGGAUGCCUUGGUCGCUGAACAGGCUCGCGCUGACCAACAGCGCGAACACGAUCUUCGGGUCCGGGCGGGGAGCGGCUCGGACGUACGCCGCUGCCGCCUCCAGCCCUGUGACGCGGUCUUCAUCACGGUCACGCUCCGUCACCUUCGAGGCCGGGGACGCCAGGUUUGCCCAAGCCAGGUUGUCGGACGUUGCAAAAUACGCCCAGGUCAACUACCAGGUCGAGGAUCGCAAGGCUGGCGUGGACUUGGCGGCUGGCGUGUCCACCGCCCUGCCGUUGGCUGCCUUAAUACAGGACGCCGCUGAUGCGGCCAACGGGUCUCGGCCCGACCUCCACGAUGUGGUGAGCUGCCUCCUCGUGGCGAUGCGGGCGGCCACCAUGAACGCAUCGUCUCCGGUGGUGUAGCCCGGCUGCGCCGUGGCGAUUCCGGCAUCUUCGGCGUUCCAGCAGCCCAAGGCCGGCCGCGUCAAGGCCAAGCCGCUCCAUCCCAUUUUGCGAGAGAGUAGCUCGGGCGAGGACUCGGGCUGGAGUUCCGCGGGAUUGUCUCGCCGCCCCCCGGAGCCAUCUUCAUUGGCGGACGAUGGCCGGGCACGGCAGUAGGCCAAGCGCCACACGAGCGAGACUCGUGGCAAGGGAGGCGGAUCGGGCUCUGGUUCAGACCGGAGUCUCACCCGGAACCACGGCGCUCGGAAGGGUCCUUCUUCCAGGCAAGCAGUCCCGUCCCUUAUGGAUGCGACUUUGAGUGAUCGUUUUCUUUUACAUGAUGUUUUUUCACAGGCUUCGGCCCCCCACUCGACUUCGGUUGUUGGUACGGUUUCGGCCCCCCCUCUUUCCUCGGACUCAGGGCGUUUGCGUCGUGUUGAGUUUUCGGACCCUCCCCCGCCCUUAGAUUCGCCUGUUUCCUCGGAACCCUUUGCACCCUCUGUCCGUUCUGCCGCAUUCAAUGCUAUAGACUCCGGACAUGUACGUAGGGUUGAGUUUUCGAACUCAGCUCCGGUUUCGGCCGCCCCUGUUUAUUUGGAAACCUCUGGACCCCGUAGCCUUUCUACCGCUCGCCAUGCUGUAGAUCCACGAAUGAUGCAGAACCCUGGGUUUUCGAACCUCAACCCCCCUUCGGCGUUUGAUCCACCAGUGCCGGAUGUUUUGCGUAGCAUGUUGACUUCAGACCAUGCCCCCACAGCUGCUUCGGUAGCCGUCGCCGCACCCCCCGCUGUCUCCGAUGAUCGUGCCUUGCCACUUUCUUCUAACACAGCACACAAUCGUCAAGCAUCGAUCGAUGCGACUGAUGCAGCUGCUCGUAAUGCUCAUGUAGCUACCGUUCAACGAGCGUACAUCACCCUCAACUUGAAAAAAGUUGAGAAUGUCGCUACCAUGCCCUUCCCCGCUACUCUGUUGCCGGGAGAUGGCUAUCAGCAGCUUAUUCGCACAACAAGAACUGCUUUGUCCGAUAUUUUGCUGUUGUGUGACGAGCAGAGUGAAGGUUUGACAGGCGCCGAUUCUGUGCGUGGAUGGGAACGUCAUCUCGAAAAAAACUUUUGAGUGCGAUCACCCCCGACAAGCCCUCUACCGCCGAUCUCGUCCUUGCCGUUACUGAUUUCUUUCAGCAAGUGAAACGGAGCUU